AUGUUGAAGUUCAAGUAUGGAGUGCGUAACACGGAUGCCGGUGCCUCUGAGUCCAUUGCCAGUCGGGCCUCCAGGCUAAAUCUCUUCUUCCAGGGGAAACCACCCCUCAUGACUCAACAGCAGAUGUCUGCUCUUUCCCGGGAAGGAAUAUUAGAUGCCCUCUUUGUUCUCUUCGAGGAGUGCAGCCAGCCUGCCCUGAUGAAGAUGAAGCACGUGAGCAGUUUUGUCCGGAAGUAUUCUGACAUGAUAGCCGAGUUACGGGAGCUCCAGCCUUCGGUGAGAGACUUCGAGGUCCGGAGUCUUGUGGGUUGUGGUCACUUUGCAGAAGUGCAGGUGGUUCGGGAGAAAGCCACUGGGGAUGUGUAUGCUAUGAAGACCAUGAAGAAGAAGGCUUUGAUGGCCCAGGAGCAGGUUUCAUUUUUCGAGGAGGAGAGGAACAUAUUAUCUCGGAGCACAAGCCCUUGGAUCCCCCAAUUACAGUAUGCCUUUCAGGACAAAAAUAACCUUUACCUGGUCAUGGAAUAUCAGCCUGGAGGAGAUUUACUGUCACUUCUGAAUAGAUAUGAGGACCAAUUAGAUGAAGCUAUGAUCCAGUUUUACCUUGCUGAGCUGAUCUUGGCCGUGCACAGCGUGCACCAGAUGGGAUACGUGCAUCGAGACAUCAAGCCAGAAAACAUCCUCAUCGACCGAAUGGGACACAUCAAGCUGGUGGAUUUUGGAUCAGCUGCUAAAAUGAAUUCCAAUAAGGUGGAUGCCAAACUCCCCAUUGGGACCCCGGAUUACAUGGCUCCUGAGGUGUUGACCGUGAUGAACGGGGAUCGGAGAGGCAGCUACGGCCCGGACUGUGACUGGUGGUCUGUGGGAGUGGUUGCCUACGAGAUGGUUUACGGGAAAACCCCAUUCACAGAGGGAACCUCCGCCCGCACCUUCAACAACAUCAUGAACUUCCAGAGGUUUUUGAAGUUUCCAGAUGACCCCAAAGUUAGCAGUGAGUUCCUUGAUCUGAUUCAGAGUUUGCUGUGUGGCCAGAAAGAGAGACUGAAGUUUGAGGGUCUCUGCUGCCACCCUUUCUUUGCCGGAACGGACUGGGAUAACAUUCGUAACUGCGCCUUUGUCCUUCAUGACAUGGAACGCCGCCAUUCUCUGGAGAACAAGGUAAAGAGACUAGAGACCAUGGAGCGUAGAGAAAACAGACUGAAGGAUGACAUCCAGACAAAGUCCCAACAGAUCCAGCAGAUGGCUGAUAAAAUUCUGGAGCUGGAGGAGAAGCAUCGGGAGGCUCAGGUCUCAGCGCAGCACCUGGAAGUGCACUUGAAACAGAAGGAGCAGCACUACGAGGAAAAGAUUAAAGUGUUGGACAAUCAGAUAAAGAAAGACCUGGCCGACAAGGAGAGCCUGGAAAACAUGAUGCAGAGACAUGAAGAGGAAGCCCAGGAGAAGGGCAAAAUCCUCAGUGAGCAGAAGGCGAUGAUCAACGCCAUGGAUUCCAAGAUCAGAUCCCUGGAACAAAGGAUUGUGGAACUGUCCGAAGCCAACAAGCUUGCGGCAAACAGCAGUCUCUUCACGCAGAGGAACAUGAAGGCCCAGGAAGAGAUGAUAUCAGAACUCAGGCAGCAGAAAUUUUACCUGGAGACACAGGCCGGGAAACUGGAGGCCCAGAACCGAAAGCUGGAAGAGCAACUAGAGAAAAUCAGCCACCAAGAUCACAGCGACAAGAACCGGCUGCUGGAGCUGGAGACAAGGUUGAGGGAGGUCAGCCUGGAGCAUGAGGAGCAGAAGCUGGAGCUGAAGCGCCAGCUCACGGAGCUGCAGCUGUCCCUGCAGGAGCGCGAGUCCCAGCUGACUGCCCUGCAGGCUGCCCGGGCAGCCCUAGAGAGCCAGCUCCGCCAGGCAAAGACAGAGCUGGAGGAGACGACGGCAGAGGCGGAGGAGGAAAUCCAGGCGCUCACGGCACAUAGAGAUGAAAUCCAGCGCAAAUUUGAUGCCCUUCGCAACAGCUGUACUGUCAUCACUGACCUGGAAGAGCAGCUGAACCAGCUGACUGAGGACAAUGCUGAGCUCAACAACCAAAACUUCUACUUGUCCAAACAACUCGAUGAGGCCUCUGGUGCCAAUGACGAGAUCGUGCAGCUGCGGAGCGAGGUGGACCAUCUCCGCCGUGAGAUCACCGAGCGGGAGAUGCAGCUCACCAGCCAGAAGCAAACAAUGGAAGCCCUGAAGACCACGUGCACCAUGCUGGAGGAGCAGGUCAUGGAUCUGGAGGCCCUGAAUGACGAGCUGCUUGAGAAGGAGCGUCAGUGGGAGGCCUGGAGGAGUGUCCUUGGGGAUGAGAAGUCCCAGUUUGAGUGCCGAGUUCGAGAGCUGCAGAGGAUGCUGGACACCGAGAAACAGAGCAGGGCGAGAGCUGACCAGCGGAUCACCGAGUCUCGCCAGGUGGUGGAGUUGGCAGUGAAGGAACACAAGGCCGAGAUUCUUGCUCUGCAGCAGGCUCUCAAAGAACAGAAGCUGAAAGCCGAGAGCCUGUCCGACAAGCUCAAUGACCUGGAGAAGAAGCACGCCAUGCUAGAGAUGAACGCCCGGAGCUUACAGCAGAAGCUGGAGACAGAGCGGGAGCUCAAACAGAGGCUUCUGGAAGAGCAAGCCAAGUUGCAGCAGCAGAUGGACCUACAGAAGAACCACAUCUUCCGCCUGACACAAGGGCUUCAGGAGGCGCUGGACCGGGCAGAUCUGCUGAAGACAGAGAGGAGCGACCUGGAGUAUCAGCUGGAAAACAUUCAGGUUCUCUAUUCUCAUGAAAAGGUGAAAAUGGAAGGCACUAUUUCUCAACAAACCAAACUCAUUGAUUUUCUGCAAGCCAAAAUGGACCAGCCGGCUAAAAAGAAAAAGGGUUUAUUUAGUCGACGGAAAGAGGACCCUGCUUUGCCCACACAGGUUCCUCUGCAGUACAAUGAACUGAAGCUAGCCCUGGAAAAGGAGAAAGCGCGCUGUGCAGAGUUGGAGGAAGCCCUUCAGAAGACCCGCAUUGAACUCCGGUCUGCCCGGGAGGAAGCUGCCCACCGCAAAGCCACAGACCACCCACACCCGUCUACGCCCGCCACUGCGAGGCAGCAGAUUGCCAUGUCUGCCAUUGUGCGGUCACCCGAGCACCAGCCCAGUGCCAUGAGCCUGCUUGCCCCGCCGUCCAGCCGCAGAAAGGAGACAUCAACUCCAGAGGAAUUCAGCCGGCGUCUUAAGGAGCGGAUGCACCACAACAUUCCUCACCGGUUUAACGUUGGCCUGAACAUGCGAGCCACCAAGUGCGCCGUGUGCCUGGACACCGUGCACUUUGGACGCCAGGCAUCCAAGUGUCUCGAAUGUCAGGUGAUGUGCCAUCCCAAGUGCUCCACCUGCUUGCCAGCCACCUGUGGCCUGCCUGCUGAAUAUGCCACACACUUCACCGAGGCCUUCUGCCGUGACAAGAUGAACUCCCCAGGUCUCCAGAGCAAGGAGCCCAGCAGCAGCUUGCACCUGGAAGGGUGGAUGAAAGUGCCCAGGAAUAACAAACGAGGGCAGCAAGGCUGGGACAGGAAGUACAUUGUCUUGGAGGGGUCAAAAGUUCUCAUCUAUGACAAUGAAGCCAGAGAAGCUGGACAGAGGCCGGUGGAAGAAUUUGAGCUGUGCCUUCCCGACGGGGAUGUAUCUAUUCAUGGUGCCGUUGGUGCUUCUGAACUUGCAAAUACAGCCAAAGCAGAUGUCCCAUACAUACUGAAGAUGGAGUCUCACCCACAUACCACCUGUUGGCCUGGGAGAACCCUCUACUUGCUAGCACCCAGCUUUCCUGACAAGCAGCGCUGGGUCACCGCCUUAGAAUCUGUCGUCGCAGGUGGGAGAGUCUCUAGGGAAAAGGCAGAAGCUGAUGCUAAAUUACUUGGAAACUCCCUGCUGAAACUGGAAGGUGAUGACCGGCUUGACAUGAACUGUACCCUGCCCUUCAGUGACCAGGUGGUGCUGGUGGGCACUGAGGAAGGGCUCUACGCACUGAAUGUCUUGAAAAACUCCUUAACCCACAUCCCGGGAAUCGGAGCGGUCUUCCAGAUUUAUAUCAUCAAGGACCUGGAGAAGCUGCUCAUGAUAGCAGGGGAAGAUCGGGCCCUGUGUCUGGUGGACGUGAAGAAGGUGAAGCAAUCCUUAGCACAGUCCCACCUUCCAGCCCAGCCCGACAUCUCCCCCAACAUAUUUGAAGCCGUCAAAGGCUGCCACUUGUUUGCUGCUGGCAAGAUUGAGAACAGCCUCUGCAUCUGUGCUGCCAUGCCCAGCAAAGUCGUCAUCCUCCGCUACAAUGACAACCUCAGCAAGUACUGCAUCCGGAAGGAGAUAGAGACCUCCGAGCCCUGCAGCUGUAUUCACUUCACCAAUUACAGUAUCCUCAUCGGAACCAACAAGUUCUAUGAGAUCGACAUGAAGCAGUAUACGCUGGAGGAGUUCCUGGACAAGAAUGACCACUCCUUGGCACCUGCCGUGUUUGCUUCCUCGUCCAACAGCUUCCCUGUCUCCAUCGUGCAGGCAAACAGCUCUGGGCAGCGAGAAGAGUACCUGCUAUGCUUCCAUGAAUUUGGGGUGUUUGUGGAUUCAUAUGGAAGACGUAGCCGCACAGAUGAUCUCAAGUGGAGUCGCUUACCUCUGGCCUUUGCCUACAGAGAACCUUAUCUGUUCGUGACUCACUUCAACUCACUGGAAGUAAUUGAGAUCCAGGCACGUUCCUCACUGGGGACCCCUGCCCGAGCAUAUCUGGAAAUCCCAAACCCGCGCUACCUGGGCCCCGCCAUUUCCUCGGGAGCAAUUUACCUGGCCUCCUCAUACCAGGACAAGUUAAGGGUCAUAUGCUGCAAAGGAAACCUCGUGAAGGAGUCUGGCACUGACCAGCACCGGGUGCCCUCCACCUCCCGCAGCCCCAACAAGCGAGGCCCACCGACAUACAAUGAGCACAUCACUAAACGUGUGGCCUCUAGCCCGGCGCCCCCGGAAGGCCCCAGCCACCCCCGAGAGCCAAGCACACCCCACCGCUACCGAGACCGAGAGGGCCGGACAGAGCUGCGCAGGGACAAGUCUCCGGGCCGGCCUCUGGAGCGCGAGAAGUCCCCGGGCCGGAUGCUCAGCACAAGGAGAGAGCGCUCCCCAGGGAGACUGUUUGAAGACAGCAGCAGGGGCCGGCUGCCUGCGGGCGCCGUGAGGACCCCACUGUCCCAGGUUAACAAGGUCUGGGACCAGUCUUCAGUAUAAGUCUCAACCAGAAAACACCUCCUCAUCUCAAUCCGCAGGAAGGUACCGCGCACGCGCUGGGUCUCCGCUGCAGGGGACCCCAGCGCCCGUCUGCUCGGCCCACGUUCGGCACAGCUGGGUCCAGACUGUCCUUGGCACGGAUACCCCCAUCUCCAAGGGGUGCAGAUAGCCAAGGCUCUUAGGCGCUGCCAGCACUCAGUGCCCUCCCCCCAGGGGCAGGGCACCUUCCUGCAUCCAUCCUCUCUGCACUGUUCCUAUUUCACAGCGUCCACAGACUUUUGUACUUAGCUCCAGCCUGAACCUGUCCAUCAAAGGAAACCAACCUGGACUCCAACUGUGGCUGGAACUCUACUUGCUACUCUAAGACCCUCGGGUUGGUUGAUUUUUCUUUGGUUUUGAUUUCUUUUUCCUUCUUUUCUUUUUUCUUCUUUUUUUUAAGACAACAGAAUUCUAAGUAGAUUUGGAUAGCGAUGUAUUUCCUGUUGUAGCCGUUUUUAGCUAGAUCACACCAUCAGGUCUUUGCCACUGAAACGUAGCAUAGAAGAGCCCCCGUUGGUUGGCUAACCUCCCGUGUUCAUGUAGCUUCAUUCUUGUUCCGGUCCAUUCUCAUAGAUUGCCCUGUUUUACCCAGGGUGACACUGUAGCCAAAUGUUUACCGUCCUCAUUGCCUUUUAUGGCCUUGACAACUUCCCCCCCUCCCACCAGCUGAGAAUGUAUGGAGGUCAAUCGGGCCUCGGCUCAGAGGCAGUGACCUGGGGCCAAGGGACCUCAUCGAUCUCUCCUCUCCCACCCCUCAGCAUCACCUACCCAGCCUGCUUCCCCAGCUUUCCGUGUAGCUUUGGCCAGGAAAGCACGCAAUAGACUUGCUCCAAGCCCAGCAUUAAUAUGGCCUUGGGGUUGGGCCUGGGUCCGGGGCACCCACCUCCUGUCCUGAGGGUCACUCCUGGAAUGGGGAGGAGCCCCACCUGGGAGCUCUGCAUGGCGGAUCACUGCAUGUGCUGCCCCUGACCUGGCUGGGUCACUCUGCCAAUGUAUUGCUGCCAUCCCAUCGCCCCACCAAAUCAAGACCCUCUGAUGACUUGUCAACUAACUGGCCAGCAGGCUGCAAAUCUGUAGCACUGAACAAACAAACAAACAAAAACGCUCAAGCCUUACGACCAGAGAAGGAUUUCAGCAAACCACACUUCUCCCUCAGUUUCCCCUUUCUCCUUCAAGUUCCCUGAUGACUUCAAGGAUGACUGUGUGUUCACACAAAACCCAGCACGGUUCGACCCCAUGAAACUGUGACUUCCCAGAUGAGCCUUUCCCUAGGGCUGGACCUAAGGCCAGGACAUUGGAGAGAAGCCGCAGCUCAACUCUGCCAGCCCUGUGGGGCUGGCGAAUUCCCCCUUAGGUGCAGUGCGGCUCCCCCCAGUCUCUCCACCCUCUUUAGAGUUCGGAAUUCCUGGUAACUGGAUAGAACCAACUUUAGAGGCUUUGCAGUUGGCAAGCUAACUAGCGGCCUUAUAUUUGCCUUUAAUCUCCCACGAGGCCUCUCCUGCUUUGGAUUCUCCAUGACUCUUAGGCAAGCCUUAACAACUAAGGCACACCCUAGGUAGGCUGAAGGUAGACCUGUCCCCACGGCAGCAGGUGACCGUGUCUGUGUUUCCAGCCCACGUGUCCACAGUCCACGUCACCACCCAGAUUACGACCUGGCCUACACGCCGACUCCUUCCUGCUCGUCUCUAACCUAAGUGCUUUCUCGUUUGAACCGCCUGUGACCCUCCACACCCAGUGUCCCGCUGCUGUGUUUAUGUGUUGCUUGGAGUCUUUGGGGUCAUGUUCCCAUCCCCACCCCCCAGGGCAGAUCUGACUGGCUGUUUGCUGAAGUUUUUGUCUCUUGGUCCACAAGUAUUUGGAAUGGUCACUGAAAACUGGUCUUCAGUCUUGGCAUCUCAUUUAGGACCUCCAUGAGAAAUGGGCGUCUCGAGCCCUGACAGUGUAUACUGCGUGUCUCAUCCGUGAAGUGCUUCCCGCUACAUAGAGCUAGCUCAAAAGACUGUACAUAUUUACAAGAAACUUUAUAUUCGUAAAAAAAAAAAAAGGAAAUUGAAUUGGUUUCUACUUUUUUAUUGUAAAAGGUGCAUUUUUCAACACUUAGCUUUUGUUUUCAACGGUGGUAGUUGUGACCAGCCAUCUCCGCUGGAGUGGGGAGCUCUCUGUGUGACCACCGAGAUGCCAGCAGGAAAUAAUCGAAACCCGAAAUCAUAGUCAAAAGCUUCUUAGCAUCAGUAAGAUUCUAGGUCUCCAAAAAAGUACAGGCUUUUUCUUCAUUACCUUUUUUAUUCAGAACGAGGAGAACGUACGGACAAUUCCAGAUCCACCUUGAGAGGAGUGAUCUUUGUCGUUGAACAAUAGUGAAAUAAAGCAAUGAUCUCAAAAUGUUUGUUCCACCCCUUGGCGUCUUUUCUUGUCAGAGACCAUAAAAGCCGCAGCCAAGGUGAGCACCAGCGCACUGGGCAGCACUUCCGCUCUGAGGGCUGUGGCCAUUGGCUCGGAUCAGAAGCUCUUGGAAUUAAGAGUUGGGGGGACACUUGGUUUGGUCAGUGCUUCUGUGAACUCUUAUUAAGGUCAUUUUUUUAGGGCAGGUAAGUAGAAAGCUCCUUAAACAGUCAAUGAGGCUACUUUAGAAGGGAUUAGUCUAGAGCAGAUUAGCUGUAAGGCAGCUAACUGGGAAAACAGGUCAAGGCAAGAUUUUUCUGAUCCCAUUUCACCCAGGCCACUGGCAACCUUAUGCACUUCCCUUUGGAGGGAGUUCAAACGUGAGUGCUUCCUGCUCUGACCUGGCAGUUACUGGCAUGGUAAAGGUCUCCACCACUCUGUAGUUAGGUAAACUGGACUGGUCCGGGAGAACAGUUUUCUCCCCCCACCCCAGUCCAUACCUUUUUGCUUUUAAUCCCUGACCCAUACAUAACAAGGUAAUAAGAUAUAGUUAAAAGUUGACUUUGAGGGUCAAAGCUGACCGGCUUCUGACAGGAGCUAUAGAGGCUUGUUCCUUGUAACCGUAAGAAAGAAAACAACUCACAAAGGAGGAAGUAAGGUGUUGCAACUUCUUCCCAAACAUUAGAAAAAUGUCCAUUAGCCAUCAGCCACCCGUUUCAGUUACUAGCUUAGGCGAUGUCUUAAAAGCUGAGUAAACAGGGUUUGGUUCCAAAGGAAGCAUACUGAGAGGUCCUUUGGACCCAAAGGAACUACAUUUACCAAACAACCAUGAAAUUACUCAGUCACACUAUAAAAUGAGGCCCAGCCCUCCCGAUGCCUCUCGGAGUUUACGUGUGAAGUCGUGUCAGGUUGCACUUACAACUUAAAUUCUCUCAAGACUCAGGGCAUUGAGUGCAUACCAAGUCGUGUGACCAUGAAAUCUUAGGGCCCUGGGGCCAAAAAAAAAAAAAAAAAAGAUAUAAUCUGUUUACUACUAGUCUGUCUGCAGAAAGGUCCUUUUGCCAUAGGUUGGAUUAGAGCACUCAUGAAGACUCACAGCAAGAGACGAGGCUGGCCCUGCAGGGGUGAGGCAGCCGAGCUUCCACCAAAGUUACAUUGGCUCCUUUCAGAGCCUCUCAGCCAGGAUGAUUUUCCCUCCUUCCCCGACAGGAUGCUUGGUGGUAGCUAGGGUUAGUUUUGGUUGCCACAUGUAUGGGUUUCUGAUGGUAUCCAAUGAGUAGAAAGGCCAGGGACCGGCCUCUAAAUACUCCCUGACUCAGAGAAAGCCUUCAUCCCCAGUAACUAAGAAUGAUCUUUCUUUGUAGUGCUCCAGUUGGUCUGCUCGGAGGCUUCUCUGGUCAGCUCUUUCUUGCUGGUUUAAGUUCUGCUAAUGCUGUCUGAAGCAUGAGGACUGGGGCCAAUCACAUAUUCUGUCUCCCUGAAGCAGAGGGGGUUGGGAACAGCAGUCAUUGCUUUCCCAUGGGUCUGUCAAUGAGUAACAGCUGUUGACUAGAAGGGGUUACUAGAGGUGGGGGAAAGGACUUUGAAAGUGACCGACACUGUGCAUGCCUGAGGCACAUAGGAAAAUAGAACCGACUCGGGCUGUGUACCUUGAGCUGCCUUUUGGUCUCCCUGGCUGUGGAAUUUCCAGACGGGACAGAUGAAUUUCCUUUGGGAUAGGGGUGGGGCGACAGUAAUGUCGGUCCCACUGUUGUGGAGCCCAAAGAGAUGGUAGCGGGGCUCCACAGAUCAGGCUCCAGCCUGUAGAGUUCCCUCCAAGGUUUGGACUGAGACACAGCUCCCAGCAAGCCUGUGAGUGAUUUCUACAAUGCACUGAGGUGAAAGACUUCAGAAGAAACACAUAUUCAAGACUUCCUUGCUUUCCCUUGAAGAUACGAGGUUAAAAAGCAGAAGGCUCAUGUUUCUAUUUGUCUAUUAAUCUGAUGGUUAGAAGUGUUGGGAGACUUACUGGAAGGAUUACUCAAUGACUGACCCAGACUUGGGCCUUCAUCACGUCGUUCAGAUGGUCUGUAAACAAGGGUGGAUAUUUUUGUGUAGUGCUGCUACAGUAAAAUACCCGAGACAGGGCAACUUAUAAAGAACAAAUGUAUUUCUUGCAGCCCUGGAAAUUAGGGAAUCUGAGACAAGGUGCUGUGGGUAUGGUUGCCUGGCCAAGGCUGCUGUUGGCUUCCAAGUUGACACUUCUGUUUCUGAAUUCUCCACAGGAACAGAAGGUGGCUUUGUCCUUACAUGGUGGAAGUCAUAAAGGCAAGCUAGCCAAAGCUUCAUGUAGCCUCUAUUGUAGGGCCUUCAUCUCUCAUGAGGGGCGGGGCAGGGCUCUCAUGAUCUAACCACUUACUAAACAGCACCUUUAAAAACUAUCUCAGCUGACGAGACCAGAACUCAGCAUAAGCUUGAAUUUGAAUUGUGUUCAUGUUCAUGUUCAUACUGGAUUA